AAGCGCCGGUUUGUGACGACUUUGGAGUGAGAUCAGGUGGACCCCCAUGACUUCAAUUCACCAGAGUCUUUUAAGUUUUUGGGAUUCUCCGUUCACCAAAGGCAUGCAAGAAAAAUCAAAGUCGUAUUCACAAAUUCAACGUAACACGGGACCACCUCACCAGGAGGAGAACAGGCAGAAGGACCCCAGUCAGUGGCUCCAGCAAUGCGAAGCCAGUCAGUGCAAACCCCAGCACCAACCUCCAGAGGACCGUACAGACACGACUCCCUGCUGGAUCAGUAAACUUUCUGUUGCUGCAGUUACACAGACCAACCAUCCAAAAUCCAGAUAUGAAGGGAAAUCGCUGUGUGGGAGCUGCAUUGGAACCUGGCUAGCAUCUCUCCUGGUGUGUGUGAUGUUCGCUGAGGGAAAACAGAUGCUGACCCUUCUCUUACACCUGAAGAGGAAGGAAAAGACUUGUGAGCCGACAAACAAGAAUUGCCUAGGGAGACAACAGAAACCCCAAUCCGCCCACUGGAGUGUUCCCCCUUAUAAUGCAAGCAAGCAUGUUCCUCACCUGCGCAGGAGAUGGAUGCUUCUGGUGUUUAAACACGUCAUCCGAGGUUACGGGAAGCGAGAGCUUAAAAACUUUCAAAAGUUCAUCUCCGGGGCCCAUUAUAUCUUCUCCUGA